AUGCGCACCUCCGCUCCACCUCGGCGCGGAAACAGUGAGGCGGACUCGCAGGUAGCUCGCCGAGUGUCGCUCAGUGCGCGCGUUCUCUCGCCGCCGCUGGUAGUGUCCGAGUUGCGCGGACGCACGCGGCCCGCGCACCGUGAGCAUGGUGUACACGCCUACAUGGUGAAGUGUCAUCCUAGUGUCGCAGUGAUACCAACAACACACGAUAUGUCCUGCGAAAGGCGAACAAAGGCCGCCCGUUUCCUCGACCUGCGAAGUUGUGUUGAUUUUCCUUUUGGAAUGCAAUUGGCAAUAAUGGCUCAGGCACAGCACAGAUGUAGGGCGCUCCCCGCCUCUCCUCUCGGCCUUGAAAGGCUCUUGACCAGGCCAGCGUCGUCGAUAUUGUAUUUAUUGCAACCUCCACGAUCCGUACUGCCGAGGUACAAGAGCGGGGUGCGCUCAGUGAGGGGCGGGGGCGGGGGCGGGGGUGGCGGCGCGGACGAGGCUCGUCGCAGCGGCCUCAAGGCGCUGCCGAAGCGCGCCCGCACUCGCUGCAGGGGCAUGAACAUGGGGCAAAAGCUCUCCGGCGGUGUCAAGUCGGUGUCGCGCGAGUGCACGGCGCCCUUCAAGGCGGUGGUGGCGCGCGAGCUGGCCCCCGAGCCGCCGCGGCCGGCGCGCCUCGACGCGUUGCUCGACGCGCCGCCCGCGCACCCAGAUACGCAGCUCAAGCACGCGUGGAAUCCAGAUGACAGGUCGUUAAAUAUAUUCGUAAAAGAGGAAGAUGCGUUAACAUUCCACCGGCACCCGGUGGCCCAGAGCACGGACUGCAUCCGCGGGCGCGUGGGCUACUCGCGCGGCCUGCACUGCUGGGAGGUGGUGUGGCCGGCGCGGCAACGCGGCACGCACGCGGUGGUCGGCGUGGCGACGUCGCACGCGCCGCUGCACUCGGUCGGCUACCAGAGCCUCGUCGGCGCGACCGAUCAGAGUUGGGGAUGGGAUUUGGGCAGAAAUAAGGUGUUCCACAACGCGAAAGGCACAGGUGGUAGCGGCACCACGUACCCGGCGCUGCUGCGGCCGGACGAGCAGUUCCUAGUGCCGGACCGCCUGCUCGUUGUGCUGGACAUGGACGAGGGCACGCUUGCCUUCUGCGCGGACGGGCGCUACCUCGGCGUGGCGGCGCGCGGCCUGCGCGGCAAGACCCUAUACCCGAUAGUCUCCGCUGUGUGGGGACACGCCGAGAUCACUAUGAAGUAUAUCGGUGGACUUGAUCCGGAACCUCUCCCAUUAAUGGAGUUAUGCAGACGCGUGAUCAGACAGCGCGUAGGGCGCGCUCGCCUCCGCGCCGCCGCCUCGCGCCUCGCGCUGCCGCCCGCCCUCACCGCCUACCUGCUGUACCGCGCGCCC